UUGGGGCUGCGUCAAUCUCCUCCUCCUUUGCCGGCGAGCGGAGCGGGAGAAGGAGGGAGUACUAGCAGGCCCGGGGGAAGAGAAAUCCUAGCCGGGGCUGGUCCUGCAGCCUCGCGGAGCCGCAGAGAACCAAGAGGGCGCGGGAAAGGGCCCCAAGCUGGACGGGAGCGCAACCCAAUCCGGCGGCCCGGCGGCGGCCACCAGCCCUGCGGAGCGCGCUCUGCUCCCCGACGGCGACGGGGAAGGAGGCGGCGGCAUGGAUUCAGGCCCGGAGGAGUACGAGCUCAACGGGGAUGUAGGGCCCGGAUCCCCAGCCUCAUCUGGGGGCAGGUCGGCCGCUGGCUGGGGCUGGAGGAACAGAUCCAUCAACAUGAACCACUAUGCUAACAAGAAGAGUGCGGCUGAAAGCAUGCUGGACAUUGCUCUGCUGAUGGCCAAUGCCUCCCAGCUAAAGGCUGUGAUAGAACAAGGACCCUCCUUCGCCUUCUUUGUCCCCCUCAUCGUUCUCAUCUCCGUCUCCCUCGUACUCCAGGUGGGAGUGGGCGUGCUGCUCAUCUUUCUGGUAAAGUAUGACCUUAAUAAUCCUGCCAAGCACGCAAAGCUGGAUUUCCUCAACAACCUGGCGACGGGACUGGUGUUCAUCAUUGUCGUCGUCAACAUCUUUAUCACUGCAUUUGGAGUUCAGAAACCAUCUGUUGAUAUUUCUGCCCAGCAGUAGAGUUUAUUCAGAAAACACCAUUCCCUUCGUGCAGUCACACGGUGUGAGAAAGACACCAAAGACUUGGCUCCUCUCUAAAGGCAAGGAGAAGGACGUCCGUUUUUUCCAAGCCAACCUUCCCCUCCAUCCAUGUUUUUCCUGAGUGAGCUCUCCCAGAGCAUAGAUCAUCAUUACUCAUUUGGCACAUGUACCUGAACACAUUAUCUUAGACGGGUGGGUAGGGGGGUAGGUAUUUCAUUCACUGUGCAGAAGAAAUCUUACUGGGACGCCGUCCCUUCCCUCUUGAAGAAAUUUAACCCAACAAGCAUUUAUUAAACACCGACUAAGUGCAAGGCACUGGGCUAGGAACAUAAAGACCCAAACUGAGACCCCCUGCCCUCAGGGAGCUUACAUUCUACUAGGUGCCUGGCCACGGGAUGGGCAGCCCUCUGAGAGACCAGAGAGUAUUCAGGGUGGCAGAAUGCCUGCAGAAUCACUGGACAACAAGUAGAAGCUCUCGUUUCUGUUGCAGAAAGCAGGGCUUUUCCAUGCGUGGCUUGUCCGAGUCCCUUUGGGUCCCAACCUUGGCUGUUGGAGGCUGUCUCCCUAGAGGUGCUGAACAAUUGGACAGAUUUGGAGAAUUGACCUCAGCACUCCUGUGCCUUCUGAAUUCCUCACGCCACCGUGUACUUAAAAGAAAAUAAAAAUGCCCUUAAAACCAAGCUAGGACCUUUGGAUCUUCAGCAUCUCCCUUCCCCUGCUAGGAGCAGAAAUUGGGCUCUUUAUUCCUUAGAAAGCAACCUGUACCCUUGCGGGCCACAGGGCAACCUUGGGGCCUGACCUGCAGUAUUUGCCGAAAGGCUUUCUUUCUUCAUCCUGUUCCCAAGUCACUCACUGUUCAAAUAGGAGGCUUGCUUUGGCCAGAUGGCCACCGUGUUCGUAGGUGAACGCUGGCACUCACCCCUUGGAUGGCAGGCGUCCAGCUUUCCGUCUGCUGCUUUCUUGUAGAAAUCAUCACUGCUAGACCAGGCUCAGAAGAGACAGUAUCAGAAAUACUCCCUGUUCCUUAGGUUGGCUGAACCCCCUGCCUGCGGGGCUCUUCUUUCCUUCAACCAGGGGCAACAUGAAAGAAAAAGAAAACAACAGAAAGAAGAAGAAAACAUCGGAGUCGUUUCUUGCUGUGGUUAAAAAUGAAACUUUUCUGAAAGAAAAUGGAAUUGUAAAUAAAGCUUCUCAUACUCUUAUUUCCCAAGGAAAA